AAAUGAAUAAAAACUAGUAUAUGUAAAUAUAAAAAGAAUUCCGAAAUAUAGUUAUAAAAUGAUUCAACAAAAUCCAAGAAAAUCGAUAAUUCAGAAAUUAGUUCUCAUCUUUAAUAAGGUGAUAAACUAAUUAAAUUAAAAGAUUACUAGUAGGCUAUUAAAUAUUUUGAUAAAAUCAUAGAAAUCGAUCCUAAUAAUUGGAUUGCACAUAAAAAUAAGGGUUAAAAAUAAAAUAUAAUUUAGCAUAAUGUUUAAACUUUAUGGAUCAGCAUGAAGAAGCUAUAAAAAUUUCAAAUCUAGCUAUAAAGAUUGAUCCUUCACGUUUCGGAUCUUAUCUUAUAAAAGGUUAAAUUUUUACUUAUUUUUAGCCAUCAGUUAAAUCAAAUAGCAUCAUUUUGAAGAUGCUAUAGCUUCAUUGAACAGUGUUAUUCUCCUUGAUAACACUUAACAUAAAGCAUAUGCAUUAAAAGGUAUAUUUCGAAUUCUAAAUAUAUAAUAGGAUAAGCUUUACAUUGCCUAAAAAGAUAUAAAGAAGCAGUAAUCUAAUUAGAUAUUGCUUUAUUCAUUUCUUAAGAUCCUUCAUAUCUUAUAUAAAAAGGUAAUUAAAUCAAUUUUAUCAUUUAGCUGAUUCAUUACUAGAAUUAAAAAAAUACAAAGAAGCAAUUACUGUUUAUGAAGAUGCAUUACUAGAGGGAUCUUAAGAAAAUGAUUAUAUUAAUGAGAAAUUAAAAUCCAUAUAAUUAAAUUGA